UCUCUCAAUUCCAACUCUCUCUCUCUCUAAUCAUCCUUGGAAUUCCCUUUGUCUUCCUCUCUCACUCAUCAAACCUUCUCAAUCGCCCCGCCCAACCAUCAUAUGUAUUUAUACAUACACCCAAAGCGAUCACACAUCAUCAAGAAUUAUACAUGCUGUUUGGAUUUUCCUUUGAAUGAAUGAAGAGAAAAUCAUUAUACCAAAUUCCAACCCACAAAUAUUGAUUUUGUAGCAGUUGAAGAAAAUUAGAAAAUGACGGAGCUUUGAUAAUUAAGCUUUCUCUUUCUUAUCAUUCACGAACAAACUUGUUUCAUCAUUCGUAUGAUCAACAAACAAAGUAGACUAACUUAGGCUUUGUUUGUUUUGAUGUGUCAUUUAGAUCUCAUGGUGGAGACUAAUUAAGCAACUUUGUGAAAUCCGCCAAACAACUCAUCUAUGAGUCCCUUUCUUUCUCUUAAUUUCGAUCCUUAAUCUUUUGUGAAAUUAUUAGAAUUCUCUGUUCCGCAUAAUCUGGUGGGAAAUGACUGAAAAUCCAAAGAUGGAAACAAUGUUCUCUCAUAAUCUAAGAGCAAAUUGUGAAGCUGAUAUUGAACGCUUAGAGAAGGAUAUUAAUGCAAAUUCAAGAAUUAAAUUGCAGAGAAGCAUUUCAAGAAAAGGAACAUUCAGAGGAGUCGAGAAGAAAAAUACAGCCAACGAGAAAUACAUUAGUGUCAUUGCAACUUCCACGAGAGCUGCUUUACUUGGUGGUGGCACGCCGGAAAAGCCCCUAAUUGUGGCUAUGGGCGGAUGCGAUAAUUUCACCAGCCCGCCAGUUCACAAUCAGAUCACUAUCAUGGGAAACCCUGCUGUCGAAAGCAAAUUUGGUGGCAAAAUAUUCAGUUUCGGAAGGUCUUCUCCUUCAUGGACAAUUGACCCCAGAAGGAUACUUCUCUUCUUCGCAACUCUGUCAAGCAUGGGGACCAUAUUGCUGAUCUAUUGCACCUUACACAUGAGCAAACACAACGGGGAUUACAAUGCCCUCAAUUGAUAAUUAUUAGCCUCCCAGUUAGAUGUGGGCAAAACUCGACCGAACCCGCUCAAACUGCCCAAACCUACCCAACCCGGUUGAGGGGGCAAUACCCGACCGAACCUACUCAAACAGCCCAACCCGACCGGGUUGGGUCGGUUUUUUUUUUUUUUAAGUGGGUUUCGGUUUUUUGAUUGUGUAGGUGGGUCGGGUUGGGUUGUGGGUUAACUCAUAAAAACCGACCCAACCCGCCUAUUUAAAAAGAAAAAAAGAAAGGAAAGGAAAAGAGAAAUAAAUUGCCUAAACGUAAAAUCGCUAUUUUCAAGAUUUAAAGUUUCAUAAAAUUAUAACAAGAAUCCCAUUAUAAUUUAUAAUAGACAAAUUUUUAUAUUGAAUUUCUGAAAUCACAAUAUAUAACUCAAUACUUCAAUUAGGUCUUCCCGUAAUCUCUAUCUCUUAGGAUAAUUAAGUUUUGUACUGAUUUACAAAAGUAUCUUGUAGAAUGAUUAUAUGAAUUAUGGACAUAAAUGUUAAAGAAAAAAUAAAUUUUAAGAUUCUAUAUAGAGUCUUGAUCUAACUUCUAAAUAAAUCGAUUUCUCACAUUUCAAAUAAGCUUGUGAAGCAUAAUUUUCUUGUUAUUGCCAAAAACUAUUAAAGAUUUGAGAUAAAUAAUAAUUAAGAAGUUAAAUUCGAAAAAAAAUAAAAAUUUGGCUACCAGCAGAACCAUCUAUCUUGCUUUUUGGUUUGGUAUCAAUUUAAUAAGUAUUGUUGUCUGUUGUGCAAACUUGUUUUGUUAAUCUAGGUUUGUUGAUGAGCCUGUAGAUCCGAAACAGGAACUUUUGAAGAGCAAUGCAAGGCACCAUGCACUCGACCACUCAAAGAAUAUCAAGUUAAUAAACCUUCCUUUUUUGUUUUUUCUAAUUUAAUGUCUACUUCUCCAUUUUUCAAUUUUCCUACCUUUUGUGUUCUUUUCAACUAAUACUUAAUAUUGCUGAAGCCUAAAUGAAAUGUUUUAUACAUUUUACAGUUUUUAGUU